ACUCCGUUCUAAAGUUCAUGAUUGUCUGGAUGCUGGUGCUAUUAGCUGACUUCAUUCUGGAGUUCAGACUGGAAUACCUGUGGCCUUGUUGGCUCUUUCUAGGGACCGUCUACACCACAUUCCACUGUCAUGGGCUGGUAGGCAGGUUUCUACUAUAGUCUAUACACUAUCUUUUUCUAAUUUACUGGUAGGCUAAUAACUGAUUAAAUGUAUUUUUCAUGCUUCUCUGUUCUUUUAAUAUCCCAUGCAAAUUAUAUUCUCAUUUUAUGCUGUUUUGCUGCAUUUAGGUGUACUUAAGAAGACUAAUUUGUUAUAUACAUAUAGAAUGUAGUAUGUACUUAAUAGAGAUUUAAGAAUCUGACCACUCCUUUUCUUUUACAGGCCAUCUGUGUGAUUUUUGUGUGUGCAGCAUUUACUCUGGACAUAUUCUGUUUAGUUUUUGUACCCCUACACUGGCUGUUUUUUGCAGCCAGUACAUAUGUCUUACUCAAUUAUAUGUGGCAUACAGGUAAGUCCUCAAAUUAAGUUACCAUUUCAUUAACAAAUACAGUAGAGUGAAUGCUGAAUGUAUUAUGGAUUGGCUAAAUUUUUUGCAGAAAAGGGAAUUUGUAUGUCAACUGUGACAUUAUGGAUACUCUUAGUGUAUAUGGAGGGCUCUCUACAGCUGAGGGACCUGAAAAGCCCUCAUGCAAACCUGUCCCAUCUAUUUGCUGCACACUGCAUUGGUUAUCCACUGGUGUAUAUGGGAUUUGAUGCAACCUGCUACUUCUCGAGUAUUUUUAAGCUGCGCACUCAGAAACCUGUUCAGAGUGAAAAUGACCUCCAUGUGGAUUUCUUGCAACAAUCCCUACCUCCAUACAUGCACCUGCACCCAAAAUUGUGGAUGGAAGAUCCCAAAUGGAAGAUGGCCAAAUCUAGGCCAACGCAAUACCAAUGUCCAAACGAUGCUGUCACAUCAGAGGACAAACAAAGCAUGGAAGACUGCCUUCAAAUCCACAGACUUCCUGGGAGACCUGAAAAAGACAUAAAUCUACAAACUCCAGGGCUCAAGCAUCGUGGAGGGGAACUUCAUUUGGACUCUACAUCCAUGCUAGAAAUUCCUGAAAGUCUACCUCAGGAGGAUCAGAGCAGCAAAGCUCAAAGACCCUCCAAGAGCUCCCUGCCCAAAUUGCAAAGAGGUUCAGUGAAUACCCCUAACAGCAAAGGGGAGAAGAGGCAGAAAGCCCCCAAAGCCAUCAACUCUACAGGGGAAUCUUCCGAAAGGUGCUCACCAAACAUCUCAAGUCCUCCAAACCCACAUGCUGACAAGAUAUUAAAGUUGGAACUAGAAAUGAGGAAACUAAAGGGAGAGCUGCAAGCGAGCAGACAGUGUGAGCAAGAACUGCGCAGUCACAUUUGUAAUGUUACCAACAGUGAACACAGUCUGCGCCCUGAAGUCUCUUUGCUCAGGCAUGCAAAUGAACUUCUGCAGAACAAGAUUCAAUGUCUAACAAAAUCCCGACAGAAAGACAAACAAAACAGUUCUGUGCUAGAGAAAAAAAUCAGGAUGGAAACAGAGGCUCGGGUUACGGUAGAAAAACAACUUGCAGAAGUCAGAACCCAAAAAUUUGAUGAAGCAAUUCUUUUACUUCGGAGUGCAUCACACAGGCAAGAACACAGUGAAACUCAAAUGUUGAGGAAAAAAGCUAAAGAUCUAGACUCAGAGUACAAACAACUACAGCUGGAAUAUCAGGAGAAAGAAAAUCGAAUGGUAGCUCUAGAGAAUGAAGUGGAGGUAAAGGACAUGACCCUCCAGAGGAACAGAUGCACAGAGCAGGAAGCAGACGCCUUGCUCUCAGCUCUCUCCUCCUUGCAGGACAAGGCACAACAUCUAGAGUACAACCUGAGUGCAGAAACACGUCUCAAACUGGACCUCUUCUCCGCACUCGGUGAUGCACGCAGGCAGCUGGAGAUAGCUCAAGUUAAAAUUGUGAAACAGGACCUGGAGGCAAAAGAUAUGAAGCAGAAACUUGCUGAAGUGAUAGCUGUUGCUCCAGGCAUGUCUUACAUGGCCCCAAGGUCAUCUAUGCCUCAGUACCUCAAGUUCUUCAACUCUGAGCGCUACAUGCUCAAUCCCAGAGCGCUCAUGUACCAGUGUCUUAAGAAAUAGAACUGGCAAGGACAAAUCGGAUGGCUUUUGAAGGAUUUUUUUUGACUCCUCUUCGACAUUCCAAUCAUGGGGCAACUUAAUUGCUACAAGGUUUGCCUGAAAACUUUGCAUUCUGACAAUGUCAACAGCCCCUGGUGAGUCUAUGGCCGUGUUUCCUGAUGUCAGCAGAGACACUGAGGACGGUUCUAGGCGACCUUGCUUUGAGCCAAUGGUUCAAGAUGAAAAUAAAAGCUGACUGUAAAUACACGUAGCUGCCCAGCGGAUGACCAUCAAAUACCAAGCAAAAUGCCAUAAGCUACGUAAACAGCAAGCUAUCAGUUUGAAAAAGUGUGAACUUGACGGUCAUUCUAUGUGACACAAGUAAUAAACCUUGUGAGGACCACAGUUCAUAAUGAGGACAAGAUAUUUUGUUAUGAGUGUAAAAUGAAGAGGCCGUGACAAUAAGCCAAUGCUCAGUCAUUCUGCGCCUCAUUAUUAACAUGAAUUCAAUUUAUAUAAGAAGCCAAUAUCAAUGUAUGUGAAUAUUUAAGUGCUUUGUACUGUUUUGCAUUCUUUUUACAUUACACACGUUAUAAAGGAAGUGACCAACGCCUAAAACGUUUGUAGGUUUUCAUGUUUCUGAAAUUGUUGCCUUUUUAUGUAUCAAUGGGAUGUUUUUUUUAUAAGAAAUUUAUUUUUCUGGCUUGACUACAUUUUUUUUUCCUAAACCAAAAUGAAAUAAUGGUUUACUUUUAUAACUCUACUUGUUGGUCUGCAUGCCAAUUUAUGUAAAAUGAUUGUUUUGAAAGAAGGAAAAAAAAAAAAAAAAGGGUUUGAUGUCUAAUUGUGCAUUUGUGCAAGGGCUGUUUUCUUCCAGUGAUUUUGGGAGCAGUAAUAAAGUCAUUUUCAAAGAUAACCCUCUAUUCUUUUUCACAAUGAUUUUAUGACAGGAGGCUAACUUUAGUCCUUUUUAAAGACAGUUCAAAUAAAAAAUAAAAAUCUGUCAUUAAUUUCUCACCCUCAUGUUGUUCCAAACCUGUAUGAAUGUCUUUCUUCCACAAGACACCACAGUUGUAACAAAGUUGCACAAAAUGCAAUAAAGUUAACUGGUGACCAAGGAUGAAAUCCUGCCAAACAUCUCCUUUUAUGUUCCACAGGAAAGGUCUCAAAAAUACUGGUUUGGAACAGCAUGAGAGUGAGUAUAUGACAGAAAUGUCAUGUCGGGUAAACUAUCCCUUUAAUAUUGUACUCAGGUUAUGAGCUAAAAUAAAAUCCCAAAAUUUUUGGAUGACAUG